AUGGCUAUUGCGUCUCCACAGAACCAUUCUCAGGAGAGAGAUUAUGCACGACAUAUAAAUGGAUCAGAUCCUAAUCAAGACCAGGCAUCUGAUCACGACAGUCAAUCAUUUGCCUGUCAAUAUUGUGAGAAAACAGAAACGUCAAAAGAUGCAUUAGAUCAACACUCAGCUGCAUGUGCAAAGAAAACUGAUGAAUGUCCGAAAUGUCGAAAGUUUGUAGCACGAGAUGCAUCUACACUGCGACCGGAAAAUUCACUAACACCUCAACCUCCCCCAACUCCACGCGAACGAUCAUCGUUGCGGAGGAGCGCUAGUAGUGCAUCGCAGCGAACUCGUCCAGUGGCGCAUGAGCGUCCUAGCCACAGCAGCAUUAUUCGUAUCCCAUGCCAGUUUUGCAAAGAAGCCGUUGAACUACCCAUUUGGUCUACACAUAUCCAAGAUUGCCGCGAGAAAGAAAAUCGCCAAGAAACACAUUCCGCUCAAUCAAGCCGUCGAAAUUCCAUGUCUAUAGAAGCGCCGCCGAGGCGAACAACACCUGCCAACAACGAGCAUCCAACGAAGUCCAUGGCGACAUUCAGAACAGAAAACUUUUAUAAAUCUCAAUUGACUUCAUUACUAAAUAGUUCUUCGCAAACUUCAUCGAACGAUAGUUUUCAUCAGACGAAUAGCGGACAUCAUACUCCUGCACCACAUACAAGGCGUUCUUCAUCACUCUCGAGCAAUGGAAAUACUCAAAAGAUCGAACAGUCGAAGCCACGUGGAAACUCACCUGCUCCUGCUCGUAGAUCCCCUUCACUGCGGCCACCUAUGAAUAAUGAUUCUAAGCCAAAAGCAACAAACUCCUCGAAGAAAACGUCUGCUCAUGAACCAAAACGUGAACAAACUCCAAAGCCAGCUGUAACUUGUACUCAAUCACAGACACGUGCAUCGCGUCCAACUUCAUCGAACAGAUCUUCUGCGUCAUCAAGAACAUCUAGCGCUUCUGUUGUACGUCCACAAUCAGUCUCAAGCAGAAAGGGUAGUGGAAGAGGUGGUCUUAAUCCAGAUCAAAGCAAUGCUUCGAAACCAUUAGCUGAAACCAAUGUGUGUCAAAAACCUAAUGCUGAUCAACAGGGACAUCAACCGAUAAUUAUGAACAAUAAGCAGCCAGCAGCCGAUAAAAAAAAGUCCGACGGGAAAACUUUAUUGCGUCCUUGGAAAUAA